AGCCCGGAAGCGGUGUGCAGAGCGCGGUGAGGGCUGUGCCUCUGGUUCCAAGUCGCCCCGGCUUUUUGUCCCCCGGGUUGAAUUCGGUUUUCAAACCCGGCUCUGGCAGGUUCUGAGACGCCUGCGCAUCCCCAUAGCCCGUCUCCCGCUGCCAGUCACUGCAGACUCGGAGCCCGGGCCGCACCGGGUUGCCUGCCGCCUGCCGCCCCCGGGAGGGGGCCUGCCCGCCCGGCCCCUUCGCCGCCCCAGCCAUGGCACAGAAGCCCAAGGUAGACCCCCACGUCGGGCGGCUAGGGUACCUGCAGGCGCUGGUCACCGAGUUCCAGGAGACCGAGAGCCAAGACGCCAAGCAGCAAGUCCUCGCCAACCUCGCCAACUUCGCCUAUGACCCGAGCAACUACCAGUAUCUGCGGCAACUGCAAGUCCUAGACUUGUUCCUCGAUUCGCUGUCCGAAGAGAACGAAACCCUAGUGAAGUUUGCCAUUGGUGAUGACUCAGCAUUUUCAAGUUGCUGGCCCAAGAACAGAUUUGUUUAAGUUUUGUAAACUUUAUUUAUUAGUAUUGUGUGUGAUGUGUGAGGGGUAUGCAUACAUGCCAUUACAUGCAUGUGGGGGUCAAUUUUACGGAGUCAGUUUUCUCCUGCUGACUUUAUGCAGGUGCCUGUGAUUGGACUUGGGUCAGCAGGCAGGCUCAAGUGCCAUUACCUGCAUUUCCCUGGCCUGGUUUUAUAUUUUUUGAGUGAAGGAAGGUCUUCCUCUGUUGUCCAUGCUGCCCACGGACAGCAUGGUGAGCUCCAGUGAUCCCCCUUCCUCAGCUGCCCUCGUAGCUAGGACCACAAGGACUUGCCCACUCACCCUAAUCUGAGGAAGAUUUUGUGCCCUGUGCCCAGGUGUAGACAAGUCCUUAUGUUGAGGUAACAUCUCGGGGACCUCCUCAAGAAGAGCUCUCUCAGUCAGCAGGUGCCCAGUGCCAUCAAGCUUCACCUGUGUCGCCUCCUAAUCCCCAGGAAAGUCCCUUUGUGAGCUCUUCCCAGCCCCAGUGAUUGACUCCAGUUCACUGGCUUCUCCAAGUCCAGCUCUCCCAUUUCAGAUUACGCUUGGGAGUUCCUCUUCCACCUCUCAGGGUUUCUAUGGUUACUGGUGUCCAGCAGAGCCCUUUGCCUCUUGCCUCCAGCUGUUUUUUUUUUUCCCUUGUCUUUGUCUGUCCAAAGCAAAUUCUUCAGCUAGUCAGGACUUGCUUUUCUCUCUUCUUUCUUUCUGGUGGUGCUGGGAAUGAACCAGGAACCUAGGCAAGUGCUCCACUGUCAAGCCACACCCCAGCCUGCCCUUUUUGUUUUGCAACUAUCUUUAAAUGCAGUAUGAUGAAUGCACAGUAAAAUGCACGUAAGUGGCAGUUUAAUUAAUCCUUAAGUUUAUUAAGGUGUGUGUCCCGACAUGCAAGAUGUGGCUUGUUUCUCCCAUGUGCCCCACACAGGCACAGCUCUGACCUCUCUCCCCAUGGGUUUCUUUUACCUGGUCUUGGUCUUUAUAUGAGUGAAAUCAUGUGAGAACCAUCCUAAAUCUACAUUUUAAAAAAAAUGUAGAGGGCUGUAAGGAGGCAUGGUAGCACAGGGCGUUAACGCCGACACUCAGGAGGCAGAGGCAAAUGAAUCUCUGUGAGUUCAAGGCCAGCCUGGUCUACAUAGCAAAGUCCAGGCCAGCCAGAGCUAUACUGUGAGAUUCUCUCUCUCUCUCUCUCUCUCUCUCUCUCUCUCUCUCUCAAGCACACAGGCACACACAAACACUUAUUCUUUGUAUGUAUGUGUCAUGAGUGUGGUAGCCAGAGAUGGAUGUUAAGGGUAUUCCACUGUGUUUUGGUUUUUGGUUUAUAGAGAUGUUUCUUUGUAGCUUUGGAGGCUGUCUUGGGAUUCACUCUAUAAACCAGGCUGUCCUCAAAUUCUCAGAGAUCUGUCAGCCACUGUCUCCCUAGUACUGGGAUUUAAAGACAUGCUCUACCACCGACCAACUUACAUUGUGUUUUUUUUUUUGGAGACUGAGUCUCUCACUGAUUCUGGAGUUCACCAACAUAAUCUCUCUCUCUCUCUCUCUCUCUCUCUCCCUCCCUCCCUUCCUCCCUCCCUCCCUCCCUCCCUCCCUCUAUAAAGAGGAUACAGACCCAUGUGAUCAUGUCUGACUUUUUUGGUUUUUUGAAGCAGGCUUUGGAGACUGUCCUGGAGCUAGCUCUUGUAGACCAAGCCAAGUGCUGGGAUUAAAGGC